AUGUCUGCUUCUGCUCUUAUGGUACCACAAGCGGGAAGCCGCUUUACGCGGCGUUUGUCCUCCACCGAGGCCACUCGCGAAAAUGUUCAGAUGGGGCCUGCCGUUGUGGUUCCCCCGAAGCAUCUCAUGGCUCCAUCAGAGGCUUCAGAGAUCGCUGCCGGGUUUGAGUCUGCAAGACACCGCCUUGACGCUGAUAGCACGCCUUCAUCGCCCGGCGCGGCAGCUCUCGAAUCAACAGUCACCGACAAAUACGCUUUCGCAUUCGACAUAGAUGGUGUUUUGAUCAGAGGUGGGCGUCCGCUCCCAGAAGCCAUUGAAGCAAUGAAGAUGCUCAACGGUGAGAACGAAUACGGCGUCAAAGUGCCAUACAUCUUCGUCACCAACGGUGGUGGCAAAAGUGAAGCUGAGCGUUGUAUUCAACUGAGCCAACAGAUGGAGAUGGAGAUUUCACCAGGACAGUUCAUCUGUGGACAUACCCCCAUGAGGGAAAUGGCAGAGAAAUACAACACCGUCCUGGUCGUAGGCGGGGAGGGUGAGAAGUGCCGCGAUGUCGCUGAAAGCUAUGGCUUCAAAGAUGUCGUUACACCUGGAGACAUUAUUAAGGACAACCAAGACACUACUCCAUUCCGCAAGCUGACCGACGACGAAUACAAGAAUUCCCGUGCCCGUAAUUUCGCCGAAGUUGAGAUCGAGGCUAUCUUCGUGUUUGCCGAUUCACGCGACUGGGCAUCGGACCAGCAGAUCAUCCUCGACCUAUUAAUGUCCAAGAAGGGCCGUCUAGGAACUAGGUCCGAGAACUUCGAUGAUGGCCCUCCGGUAUUCUUCUCCCACAACGACGUCGUCUGGAGCGCUUCUCACGACCUGACCCGAAUUGGCAUGGGUGCUCUCCGUGUCUCCCUCGAGGCUAUGUACCAAGCUGUCACUGGCAAGGAGCUCCAGACAACAGCCUUCGGCAAGCCUCAGAUCGGUACCUUUGAGUUCGCAACCCGCCUGCUUCAAGAAUGGCGCAAAGAUACCCACAACAUCGACUCCCCGCCUUCGACCGUAUACUUUGUUGGCGACACUCCAGAGUCCGACAUUAGGGGCACAAACGAGUACAACAGUUUCAACAAAGAUGCCAACUGGUACUCUAUCCUGGUCGAGACCGGUGUAUUCCAGAAGGGUACAACACCUCGCUUCCAGCCCAAGGCGAUUGUCGAAACAGUUCUUGACGCCGUCAAGCACGGCAUGGAGCGCGAGUACAGGAAAUCUCUCAAAGAGAGCGCGCAGGCGACUAGUGUGACCGAAGAAUAG